CACUACACUUAUUUACUAACUCAAGAAAAUAAGUGGGACAUCAUUGGUUCACUAUACUUAUUUACUAACUCAAGAAAAUAAGUGGACCCACCACCUACUCUCUAAUUUUCAAUCACUUACUCUUACUUUGAGGACAAAUAGAGCAAAUAUAGGAGUAUCAAAAUUCGUCAAUCACGGGCUUCCUCGACAAAUUUAUGUUCCAUUUCCCACACUCUUGUGAGAAUUAACUGACAAAUUUUAGUUAUAACUGCAAACUCUCUUAUGUCCUCUUCCUUUACCACUCUAUGCUAACAAACACCCAUAUAAUCAUCAACACUAUCCAUAUUCCUACACCCAAUUAUGUCGUCUCCGGCACCGGAAACCGACGCCGGAGUUCUAAUUUCUCCGUUCGUCGAUCUUCCGGCACCGUCACCCGAUAAUGAAAUUGUAUCUUCUCCAGCUCCUGCUUUUACAUUACCAAUAUCAAUACCUACAAUAGCACCAUCUAUUGCUCCCACAUUACCAAUUGUUGUAGGACAUACUCCUAGUCCUCCACCUUUUUUCCCCUCUCCUCCUACAUUGCCCCCAACUUUUCAACCCGAACCCGAACUCAAACCAGAAACACAUCCGCAUCCACAACCACAACCACAACCACCGUUGACAAGCCCGAUAGGCCCACCACCCGAAUUAACAGGCCCGCCACCAGAUAUAGUAGGCCCAUCACCCAUUUCUAGUAGUGACCCAAUUAUUCCAUUUUCACCACCAUCACAGCCGGCAUCCUCCCGGAUGCCCAAAAACCAUCCUGAAACUCAUAUAGGCCCAUCUAAAAGAGGCCCAAUAAGGUCAAAAACAAACCCACCAUCUCCAUCUCAUACAGGCCCAUUAAGGCCUAAAACAAUCCCACCAUCUCCAUCUCAUACAGGCCCAUUAAGGCCUAAAACAAACCCACCAUCUCCAUCUCAUACAGGCCCAUUAAGGCCUAAAACAAACCCACCAUCUUCAUCUCAUACACGCCCAUUAAGGCCUAAUACUCCACUUCCAACAUCUGCUGUUCUUCCAACACCACCAGUUCCGCUUCCAGUUCCACAAUCUCCGGGAGGUGGUGCGUGGAUUCCAUUCUCUACAGAAUCACCAACCCCACUUCCUAUUCUUCCGGGCCCACCAGGGAAAACGUUGAGUUCCCCUGUAGAUCACGUGCAUGGUAGUAACAGUGGAGCCUUACCAUCAUCAAGUGAUCAUCAGAAUAUUGAAGCUGCUGCAGUAUCACCAAAAGGGUCUAAUAAUGGAGCAAGUGGUUUUGUAGUGGGGUUGGCUAUUGGUGGUGUUUUGCUUCUUCUUCUUGGAGCUGUUUUUGGGAUUUUGUUUGCGUUUUGUAAGAAAAGAGAAAAGAAAAAGAUUGAUGAUUAUGGAUCAGGAAGGAAACAUGCCACAGUUUUUAGUGGAUUUGAAGAGAAAAGUUCACUACCCCAAUACACAAAGCAGGGUUCUAAUAACACCCAAGUGCUGCACAAUAUGAACAAUAUAGCCAUUCCUAAGAGUUCAAACAUGGGUGCAACCAAUGAGACCUCACCAACAUUUGUGGGUCCCUGUCCCUCUCCAGGGAAAAGGCCCGGUUUCUCAAGCUGGACGUUCACGUACAAUGAGUUAAUGAGGGCGACCAAUGGGUUCUCGGAGCAGAACCUUUUGGGACAAGGCGGUUUUGGGUACGUACACAAAGGAGUACUUCCAAAUGGGAAGGAAGUUGCAGUGAAACAGUUGAAAAUGGGUGGACAUCAAGGGGAAAGAGAGUUUAGGGCAGAAGUUGAAACAAUCAGCCAAGUUCAUCAUAAACACCUUGUUUCAUUGGUUGGGUAUUGUAUUGCUGGUGCUGAAAGAUUGCUUGUUUAUGAGUUUGUGCCUAACAAUACUAUGGACUUUCACUUACAUGGAAAAGAGCAAUUAGUAAUGGAUUGGCCAACUAGAUUGAAGAUUGCCAUAGGCUCUGCCAAAGGAUUAGCAUAUCUACAUGAAGACUGUAGUCCUACAAUCAUUCAUCGAGAUAUCAAAGCAGCUAAUAUUCUCCUAGAUUUCAAUUUUGAAGCCAAAGUUUCUGACUUUGGACUGGCAAAAAUUUUCUCAAGUACUAAUUCCUCAGUCACCCACAUAACAACUCGAGUUGUAGGAACUUUUGGGUAUCUAGCUCCAGAAUAUGCAUCAAGUGGUAAAGUUACAGAUAAAACAGAUGUGUAUUCUUAUGGGGUUAUGCUCCUUGAGCUUAUUACUGGCCGACCACCCAUCAGCAAUUUUGAAUCUGGCACAAAUGGAAGCUUGGUUAAUUGGGCUCGCCCCCUGCUAGCGCAAGCUAUUGGGGACGGAAAAUUUGAUAGUCUAGCUGAUCCGAAAUUGGAAAACAACUAUAAUGUUGAUGAAAUGGCUAGUAUGGUAGCUUGUGCUGCUGCUUGUGUUCGUCUUUCAGCAUGGCGCAGGCCUAGAAUGAGCCAGGUAGUACGUGCAUUGGAGGGGAACCUCCCAACAUCAGAGCUCGACAAUGGAACUAGACCAGGACAAAGCGGGAUGCAUUUUCCUUACGAAAGCUUAGAUUUCGAUGCACGAAACUACAUGGAAGAUCUAAAGAAAAUGGCACUAACAAGCUAUAAUAAUGGUUACACAACUACUACUAGUAGAUAUAGUGACAAUACUAGUGAAUAUGGUCUUAUUCCCUCUGAUUCAAGCUCUAAUACUAGCCAUCCUAGUGUUUUAAGAGACUGAUCUUUCGAUGCUGCGCUUGCGUAGUAUGAAUACAUAGUCGCAGAAGUAAAAAAACGCGAUAAAUUAUGCAAAUCACUGAAGAAAUUUCCAUCUAAUUCGCAAAAUUUGACGACAAUUUCUUCUUGUUAUGUUCUUAUUCUUCGCUGAUUGGGAUAAGGGGGAGAAAAGGUUUGUAUUAUGUGAAGAUUAGGAUUAGUUGAAUUUUCUAGUAAAUAUUCAUUUAACAAACUAAAGAAAAGAAACUAUUUUAGUUUGCUUAUUAAGGCCAAGUUUGGUAUGGGAUUUUUGGUUCCGGAAAAUGGAAUUAUUUAAGUGAUUCUCUCAUUGACUGUUUGGUACGAAGUUUAAGUAAUCAAUUACAUUUCUUUAUGAUAUCAUAUACCUCUUAUUUAUUAAGACAAAACAUACUAGAAUUAAAAUUUCAUUUCUUUGUGAUAACAUAUUACGUAAUUGAUAUAAAAUAAUAUAUUUCCUCC